AUGAGGCGGAGGUGGAGGCCCUACACAAAGCUCAAGGGAAAAGGAUCGGGGGUCUUGGUGGAGGCCCAGGGAGACCCAGUGCCCCGCAAAGGGUUGAGAGUGCGGGGGACUGCUCUUCUCGGUUCUGGAACUACUAAAAUCACCUCCAAAACUGCACCUGGUAUUGCAAGGAGUCUUGUGCGGGAGGGGCGGGACACUGAAUCAUGCAAUUAUCUGUUACAUAAGGGUCAGACAAAGCGGUCAUUGUGGAGAGACCUAAGGGCCGAUAGAACCGGCAAAGUAUCCAGUGAAAUCAAACACCAGGAAAAGAAUGUUCAGUGCGCAGACUCAACGCAUUCCAAGAAAGGGCCGCAGCGCUUCAUGGGAGAUGUAGUCCAAGCCAACGAUUCUCAUUCGCGUGCAGGACGGAGCCUUCCCCUUCCGCACUCUACUUCCCAUAAGGUUUUGCGGUUAGUCGGUCUGCGGAACUAUAGGCUGUCAAUAUUCCCGCCGAGUAAAAUGCAUCAUGGGAAUGUUUCUUCCGCCUCUCUGAGUGCACCUGAUUCGCUGACCCGGAGAGUAAAGGAGCUAGAGCGCCGUCUCACUGCUUCUUCGCUCCCCGUUCCCCGUUUCCAGCUCCGUCGGAGCCACCGAGCUCAGCCCUGUAAAGACCCUGCCCUUCCCCGGCAGCAGAUGGAGGCCGAGGAGGGCCCGACUUCUGGCUGCCUCAUGGCCGCCUUUCAGGAGCCGGUGACCUUCCGGGACGUGGCCGUGGACUUCACCUGGGAGGAGUGGAGGGUCCUGGAGCCGGCGCAGAGGGCCCUGCACAGGGACGUGAUGCUGGAGAACUUCCAGAACCUGGUCUCUGUGGAUUCCUUUAUUGAAGAGACUCGGUGUGAAAGAAAGGAUCCCAGUCUGAUACAAGGCAUUUACCCAGGAACAUCAUAUAAAAAAAGCCUGCCAAAGGAUAGUCCUCAGCCUUCUAAGAAAAGAGAAAUGAGGAGAUUUAAAGUCAAUUUAGAGAAACAGAAAAAUAGCCAGAGGAGACAACCCAGACUAGUAACUAGUCACGGCAAAGACCCUAAUAAAAUGCAUGUUCUUCAUCAUGAUACAAUGGGGAGAAGUUUUGAUUUGGCGUCAGGCUUUGUUAUACCGAAGAAAGGCACUAUGGGGAAAAGUCUCCAUAAAGAUAAGAAACUUGGAAAAAGCUUGAAAGAUUUUCCCAGCCACUUUAUAUGCUAUAUAGUCUCCUUAGAGAAGAACCUCUCUAAAUAUAUCAAGUAUAAGAAGCCCUUCAGUUACCACUCAGACCUAAUUACCUUUCAUAAAAUACAUGCUGGAAAAAGACUACAUGGACACAUUGGGGCCGGGACAGCCUAUGGCAAAAGAUCAAAUCUGACUGAACAUAGGAUAACACAUACUGGAAAGAAAUACUGUAAUUGUAAUAAAUGUAGGAAAACUAGCUACACUGAAAUCUUGACUAAAUAUAAGAGAAUUCAUACCAGAGGAAAACACUUGGAAUGUAACGAAUGCGACAAAGGCUUUGGUUUGGUGUCAAACCUUAUUAUACAUCAGAGAACUCACACUAUGGAGAAACCCUUUAAAUGUAAUGAAUGUGGAAAAUCCUUCAGUAUAAGGGGAAGACUGAACAGACAUAAGAUAAUUCAUAGUGGAGAAAAACCUUUUGAAUGUACUGAGUGUGGGAAAGCUUUCAGCCGCAGGGGACACCUUACCAGACAUCAAGAAAUUCACAGUGGAGACAAACGCUUUAAAUGUGGAGAAUGUGGAAAAGGCUUCAGUUGGAGGGCAAGUCUUAGUACCCAUCAAAGAACCCAUACUGGAGAGAAACCUUUCAUAUGUAAGGAAUGUGGGAAAGCUUUCAGUGAGCGGGGAAGCCUCAUCAGCCAUCAGAGAACUCACACUGGAGAGAAACCUUUUACAUGUAAUGAAUGUGGAAAAGCUUUCAGUGAGAGGGCAACCCUCAAUACCCAUCAGAGAACUCACACUGGAGAGAAACCCUUUGAAUGUCAUGAAUGUGAGAAAGCCUUCAGUAGCAGGGGAAGCCUCAACAGACAUCUGAGAAUUCACACUGGAGAGAAACCCUAUCGAUGUAGUGAAUGUGGCAAAGGCUUCAGCCAGAAGGGACACCUCAUUUAUCAUGAAGCGAUUCAUAUUUAUGAUGGAGAUAAGCCCUUUAUAUGUAGUGACUGUGGGAAAAGAUUUAGGGAGAGGGGAACUCUUACUACUCAUCAGAGAACUCAUACUGGAGAGAAACCCUUUAAAUGUAACGAAUGUGGGAAAGACUUUAGACGGAGAGGAAACCUUAUUGCUCAUCAAAGAACUCAUACUGGAGAGAAACCCUUUUCAUGUAAGGAAUGUGGGAAAGACUUUAGUCAUAGGGGAAACCUUAUUACCCAUCAGAGAACUCAUACUGGAGAGAAACCUUUUGAAUGUAGUGAGUGUGGGAAAACCUUCAGCCAGAGAGGACAUCUUAUUAAUCAUCAAGGAAUUCAUAGUGGAGAGAAGAGCUUUAAACAUGAUCAGUGUUGGAAGAGCUUCAGCCAGAGGGGACAUCCCAUUAAUCACCCAGAAUUUUAUACGAGAGAGAAUCCUUUUAAAAGUAAUGAAUGUAGGGAAGAUUUUGGGAAGAGUGGAAAUCUUAUUAGUCAUCAGAGAACUCAUAUUGGAGAGAACCCCCUUGAAUGUAAUGUGUAGCAAAGACUUUAGUCUGGUGUCAGAUCUUAUACACCAGAGAACUCAUACUCCAGAGAAAUUUAAUGAAUAUUACGUCAGUAAUCGGGAAGAUUGAAUAGACAUAAGAGAAUUCAUACUGGAAGGAGAAAAAAAAAAAAACUCUUUGAAUAUACUGAGUGUGGAAAGCUUUCAGCCAGAGGGAACACUUUAUUAAUUAUCAAGGAAAGACUUUAAACAGUGUGGGAAGAACUUCAACUAGAGGGAGCACCUCAUUAAUCAUUAAAAAGUUCAUAGGGAAGAGAAACCUUUAAAAGUAAUGAAUGUGAGAAAGACUGUAACCAGAGGGGAAACCUUAUUGCCCUUCAGAGAACUUGUCCUGAAGAGAAACUCUUUGCAUGUGGGAAUGUGAGGAAGUUUUCAGUGAAGGGAAAAAUCUCAUCACCCAUCAGAGAACUCUGGGUGAACCCAGAGAGCAAGCCUUCUCAUUUAUUCUUUCCAUGUAAUGAAUGUGAAAAAUAUUUCAGCAAGAUAUCAAAAAGUUAUUAUUUUCCAGAGAAUUUAUCCUGGGGAGGAACCCUUUGCCAAUGGGCAAAACUUAUUACCUAUCAGAGAAUGCAUACUGGGAAGAAGCUUUUUUAAUAUAAUGAUUGAGAAAAAUCUUUAGGCAGAGGAAUUAUUACACAUCAGAAACUUCAUAAUAAAAUAACCAUUUAAACAUAAUAUGAGCAAGGUUUAACCUGGAGGGGACAUCAUUUAAAAAUUGUAUUGCGAGUUUUGUUUUUCUGCAUUUCUCAAUGUGUCACCUUCUCCUGGCCUCCCAGGGAGCCAUUCCCUAUACCAAAGAAAAAACUGAUCCAGCAAAGUCAAACAACACCUGAAAAAUCUGACAUUAAAUGCAACACUGCACACUCAUAGUUCCCCACUACUGUAAAGAAUCAGAUACCCUUUCAUUUCUUUCAAGGCCAAACUGGUCAUAAUUUCAUAUAAAUUAGUUUAGAUAUUGUUUUCUUUCCAUUUCCAUCCUUGUAGUCUCCCUGUAGGUUGUUUUCCUGCUUUUACCUUCAAUUCAUGUAAAUCUUCCUAUACUUCUCAUGUUGACCAUUUUUUAUAGCACCUUAAUACUUCCAUUACAUCCAUGUACCAUAACCUGUUUCGCCAUUCCCCCCUCAAAGGUUGGUUAUCUACUUUGUUUCCAGUUGUUUGCCACCUUCAGAAGAGACUCCUUCUACCAGCAACUUAUAUUAGACAGAAAAUAGUGGUUUUAUUUUAUUUUUUUAAUGAUCGUGGGAAAGGCCUCAGUUGGAGAGGAUCCUUAUUAUCUGUGUGUAAUCCUUGUUACUCGUGUACAAUUAAAGUUUUGCCAGCAGUGAAUGUGAGAGACUCUUCAGUGAAAGUAGGUUACUCAGAAUCCAGCAGAUCAUUUAUACCAGGGAAGUGGAAGGGCAUAAGCAUUAUUAUUAAGUACCUAUUAUGUGCCAGCCAACAUUUGCUGUGCUAAAUAAUUUUACAAAGAUCUCAUUUGAUUUGAAAUGAAAGCCUUUAAAUAGUGAAUAAGAAAGGCUUCAGCCACUGGACUGACCUUAGUGUUCAUCAGCUCACUCAUCCCAAAAAGCUUUUAAUGUAAUAAAUGUGGGAAAGCUUUCAUUGAGAGGGGAUGCCCGCGGGGUGCUUGAAUGUACCAGAGAGCUCAUGAUAGAAAGAGGUCUUUUGAAGCUCAUGUGGACCAGUCUUAAGGGAUGUGUAUCAGAAAACAUCUGCAUUGGCUCAUUUUGAAUGCAACAUCAGCAUCCACAUCUGUUGGCAAGUAGAUGCCUGUCAAAUGGGGAAUGGCUAAAGUAACUGGGACACGGGAAUAUGAUGGAAUGAUUCUGUGCUGUAAUAACGAAUCUGAAAAGUCUGGGAUAUAAAAAAAGCCUGAUACAAAAUAAUAGCAAAGUAAGCUGAAUUAGGAACCCAACGUAUACGAGGGCUAGCAGAUAAGUGUAAAGAACAGAAAACAAACAAUGCUUGGAAUUAUAGUAAUCCAGCAUAACUGUGGGUUAUUAUUUGAGGAGGGCAUGUAUUGUGGAGGUAUAAGUUGGUGAAUUUGUUUCGCCUGACUAUACCAAUUUGUUACAAGGGAGGACUUUUAGUUGGGGGGGAGGGGUCGGAGGGGGGAAAGGAAUGGAUAGAGAUGGUAACAGAACAGAGGAGGGAAGAUGGAGCGAUCAAAUGUUUUUAAAUGCCCUGAAGAAGACAACUAGAAGUUCAGAAAGGGACUGAAUAAGAGCAAUGUCAAUAUGAUUGCAUUGAGUUUAAUAUAUACUUUUAAAAAAGAACAGCUUAGUAUUUAAUAGAAAUUCAGUGUUGGGUACAUUCUUGUUUUUUGUAUGUAAAAAUGUUUGUUUAUAUUUUUAAAGUUAAUAAAAUAAGACAAUUGAACUGUU